AUGGCUCCCAAACGUGCUCCUUCUUCCAAGGCUGGUGCUGAGCCUAAGCGACAACGAACAAUGAUGACGAUCGCUGAGAAGGUGAAACUUCUGGAUAUGUUGAAGGAAGGGAGAACGUACGCGGCUGUGGCCCGCCAAUAUGGUGUGAACGAAUCCACCGUUCGCUACAUCAAGAAGGAAGAGGCGAACAUUAGGAAGACGGCUACCAUCACCUUUCAAAAGUCGGCGAAGAGAGUGGUUACGGCUCGUAAUAAAACAAUCGUCCGUAUGGAAUCUGCUUUGGCCGUAUGGAUAGCCGACUGCCGAAAGAAGAACAUAACAUUAGAUUUGAACAUUAUCCAAACAAAGGCUAAGAGCCUGUACGAGACCUUUGCCGCUAAGGAACCAGAAGACGACAGUGGCGACCGCGAUGAAGAGGAAGAAGAUCCGCAGCCAGGGACCUCCAGUGAUUCACCACGUAAGAAACGGCAAUUUUCUGCUAGCAAAGGGUGGUUUGCAAAGUUUCAGAAACGCUACGGCUUAAAAAGCGUUUCCCUGCAAGGCGAGGCUGCUUCGGCUGACACGAUUGCUGCUGAAACUUAUGUGAAUGAAACGUUCAAGAAGAUUACCUCCGAAGGUGGAUAUCGGCCCGAACAAGUUUUUAAUAUGGAUGAGACGGGCUUGUUUUGGAAAAGAAUGCCAUCGCGAACUUUCCUGUUCAAAGAGGAAGCAAAAGCCUCUGGCUUUAAAGCAUACAAGGAUCGUGUGACCCUCGUGAUGUGUGGCAAUGCUGCUGGAUUUUUGUUAAAGCCAGGGUUUAUUUACAAGUCAAAAAACCCAAGGAUUUUAAAAAACAAAAACAAGAAUCUGCUUCCCGUACAUUGGAUGCACAAUGCAAAAGCCUGUAUGACGAAGAUGCUGACCUCCGACUGGUUCCACCAGUGUUUUAUCCCGCAAGUGAAGGCGUAUCUAGCAGAGAAGGGCGUGCCAUUCAAAGUCCUUCUCAUUAUGGAUAACGCUGGUGGUCACGCUACUGAUCUGUCUUAUUCGGGGGUACAGAUUGAGUUCCUGCCGCCCAAUACGACGUCACUAAUUCAGCCUAUGGAUCAGGGGGUUAUCAGGGCAUUCAAGACCCUAUACACGAGGAAUGCCUUAGCGAACCUGGUUUCUUCCGUGGAUGCCGCCCAAGAAGAUGACGAUUUCAACUUGAAGGCAUACUGGCGGCAGUACACAAUUGCUACGUGCCUCCAAAAUAUCCAGAAGGCAUUACAAGAGAUGAAGCCUGCCACCGUUAGCGCCAGCUGGAAGAAGUUGUGGCCCGAGGUUGUUUACGAAGACAAAGGAUUUACACUUGCUGAAAUCCAACACUCGGCAGUACAGAAAGCUGUGCAGUUGGCUGCGAUCAUUGGAGGUGAGGGCUUUGCAGACAUGACUGCGGAUGAUGUCAACGAGCUACUAGACUGCCACUCCCAGCCGCUAACUGAAGAAGACCUCGAAGAGUUGAUAAAGUCGGCGAGUGAAGAAGAAGAAGAAGAAGAGCAGCAAGAAACAGAAGAAGUUGUCUCCCCAACUGGCUUGACUUUGGAACGGCUCGCUGAGAUCUGCAGACUGGCUAAGGAUCUGCAAGAGCGGUCACAGGAAUGGGACGACAAUAUGAGACCGUCUACUAGCGAGCAGAAACUUGGAUUACAUGAAAAAGUCAUAGAAAGUAACUCAAGAAUUUCUAGGCACAGCCAAGGAAUGGAGGGUGUCCAGUUUGGUGGCUUCAGGAUCGCUUCUCUGCUUUUUGCAGAUAAUGUGGUCCUGCUGGCUUCAUCAGACUGUGACCUCAGACACCCAGUGGGGCAGUUUGCAGCUGGUUGUGAAGUGGCCAGAAUGAGGAUCAGCACCUCCGAGUCUGAGGUCAUGAUUCUCAGCCAGAGAAGGGUGUUGUGA